CGAGCGCGCACGGUCAUACUGUACCUAGCGCAGGUACUGUUACCGAGAAUAGUUUUGGGGGUGAGUGGGCGGCGGGAGCUAGUUGGUUGGACUAAAAUUGCUAAUUUCGCAUCCGAGGACAACGGAAUAAUGUCUUGCUCGGAGUAUGGAUCGCACAGGUACGACGACCUGCCGCUGGAGAUUGUUUUGAAAAUUUUCAGCUAUCUGGGCUACGCGGAUCUGCAGGCGGCAGGAUCCACCUGCCAGAGAUGGCACGCCGCUCUGGAUCAGGCGGAGUUCAAUAUGCGCACGCGCGUCUGCUUCUCCAAGGUGGUGCUAUCGGAUCAAUUCAGUCCAGGAGCGGAUCUCAUGCGCUGCGAGCGGCGCUUCCAGCACUUCAUGUUCGAGGACGUGACACUGGGCCAGGUCAAGGAGCUGAUGCGGUUUAUGGGCAGGACCGCCCACUCUUUGGCCCUGGACAACGUGGACCUGAACGACAAACAGUUCUACGGAAUGCUGGGCGUGCUGCCCCAUCUCCACUCGCUGUCGCUGAAGCGCUGCCUGCCGCUCUUCAUGUCCGGCUCCUUCCUGGACUCGUACAACAACUCCUGCCCUGACCUGAACGACCUGGCCAGCAAUUUGGCCGGAAUCAAGGAGCUGACGCUGUGCGAGAACCAGUACCUCACCGACGCCAUUCUCAUGCGUCUCACCUCGUUUAUGCCCAGCCUGGAGACGAUCAACAUGUCCGGCUGCCACAUAGCCUUUCACAACGCCAUCCAUCGGCGUUUUUACCCGGCCAACAGCUCCUCGGAUCACGUUCUGCCCAGCGAAUCAGUGCUGACCUUCAAGUUCAUCCUGACCAUCCUGAAUCUGCAGCGUCGCACGCUGCGCGUCUUGGACUUUAGCCACACGCUGAUUGGACAGGCUCUGCUGGCCCUCUGCGACCUAAAUCUCCAGCUGCAGCGGCUUUAUUUGGCCGGAUGCCGGCAGCUUAACUGCUCGACAAUCCGGAACUUCCUGGCCACACAGCCGCAGCUGAGUGCCCUCGAUUUGUCGGCCACGAUGUGCGUGAACGAUGAGAAUCUGGCUGCCUUGGUGCAAACUAAUCCGCAACUGGAGCACUUGAAGGUCAACGGCUGCCUGAGCAUCACAAAUGCUGGCGCCAUUCACCUGGCCAAGCUGAAGCGUCUGAAAAGCCUGGACAUCUCGAACUGCGACGGCCUAACAAGCAGCGGCAUAAUCGAGGGCGUAGCCAGCGAGGAGAACCAUGUGAUUCAGGAGCUAAACGUGUCCUAUUUGCAGAUCUGCGAGGAGUGCAUCAAGGCCAUUGCCAGUAAUCUGCGCAGCCUGCGAUCACUGCACCUAAAUCACUGCGUUAAUGGAGCCACCGAUGAGGCCAUCCAAUCGGUCAUCGGACAGCUGCGUUGGUUGCGGGAACUCUCACUGGAGCAUUGCAGUGGGCUAACAGAUGCAGCUCUCACGGGCAUAAACAUAUCCAAGCUGGAGCUCAGUCGCAAGCAGUCAGGUUCAGGCUCUCAGGUGUCCUCGAUGGACAACUUCUACCCGCCGUACAGCAACACAAUGGCGGAACGCGACAGUUUGGCGGGAUCGCUGCAGUCCAUAAAGAUAUCGCUUAGGAGCAAGGCCGAGGAUGAGAUUGUGCGGGAUGCGAGGCGAAAGCAGGCAAUGAUGGCUGCCUACGAAAUGAACCUGAUCCGCGAGGAUGACUUCGAGGGUCACAACAUACAACAGUUGCGGGGUCUGCGUUCAUUGAAUCUGCGCGGCUGCAACAAGAUCAGCGAUGUAUCUUUAAAGUACGGCCUAAAGCAUAUUGAGCUAAGGAAGCUGAUGCUCUCCAACUGUCAGCAGAUCUCGCUGCUCGGCAUGGAGGCAAUGGCCAGCAGUUGUCCAUCUAUUGAGGAGCUCGACCUUUCCGAUUGCUACAACAUUACGGACAAGACAAUCCAGGUGGUCACAGCCAAGCUGCCUCGCCUGAGAGCUUUGCACAUCAGCGGCUGCAGCCAGUUGACGGAGCACACGCUGGACGCCAUUAUCACGAAUUGCAACUGCUUGCAAACGCUGUCCAUUUACCGCUGCCGCAGCAUGUACACGGAUUUGGAGGAGCGGCUGUCUGGGGUAAAGACGUUGCGCAACCUCAACAUGGACAAUCUGACCAGUAUCGACAACGCCGAGUUCUUCCGACUGAAGAAACGACUCGAUUACUGAUAUUUCGCCGCAAUUUUCAUUGUCCUGAUUUUGUACUACUUUCAGCUGUACAACUUCCGCUAGUCAAACGUCUCACACAUAUUUAUUUUUAUCGAACAGCCGCCAGCAGCUGGGCUAUAGUUGUGAAAGCUUUAGUCAAAUAUACAUGCAUAUAUACGGCA